AUGUGCUCAGUGAAACAUAUCAAAUGCUGCACCUCGCAAUAUUUUUCUUUUUAUCCCCUUGAAUCUACAGGAGGAAGAGCGCGGAAAAUUCGAAAAGCUUCAGGCCUUUUUACGCCAUUUGGAGAACUAUGGAAAAAAAACAACAUCUGGCGCUACUCUAUGGUAAGUACAUCUCGCAGUUCAGAGCAGGCGGAUUCGUUGAACACCAGCAACGGCGGCGGUAGCAGCAGCGGAUGUCUGGACUUGACCAUCCGGGCAUUCGAGACUAGGCCGCUCGACAGGCCAGUGAGGGACUUUUCUGGAUGCGCUGUCAAGGGGAUUUGCACCAGCGAAAUUCGUCUGGUCACCACGAAGGCGAUCCACGGCAUGACCUGCGAGAUUGACCCUCGUUUCCGUCACUACAGCAUUGGAACCCGUCCUAUUCUAAAGGCACCUUCUGGGGCCCUGUGUCGCCACUGUAUUGCCCCUCAGCUGCUGCCAGAGGUUUGGGAAGCGCAUCUACGUAGCGGAGUUUCCGCCGCGAGGGAUCAGCAGAAGAAGCUAACUGAGACUUGCGUCAUUGCGCAUAUCGAGAACAGACCAGCGGCAAAGAGAGCGGCCUUACUAGAUUCCCUUGGGCGCCUCGGAGUCCCUCUGUGGGUUAAUGGGAAGCCUCUGACUCAUCCAGCUGUCGUUGCUACUGAUGGGGAGUCCGUGGCCCUUCCCAUGACAGGGGUAAAGGAGGAAGGAGCUAAGUCAGCGGAUGUCCAUAUGAACUCGCAACAGGAUCACGUGCUGCAUCGGCUUAGUCUGUUGAGCUUAGACACUGCCGAAGAGCGACACCACCAGCAGCAACAGUUUCACCUCUUUAGCGAUGUGACAGAACAGCAGCAGAAACACCACCCAAAACAGCAGCAACACCAGGCAAAGACUUCGCGUGCAAACCGACAACAGCAGAAACGAGGACAGGUGGCUCGUACGACACAGCAGCAGCACGCGCAACAGCCACAGGUUCUGCCUUCUCAGCCGGCAUCUGCAUCGGCGUACCAAGGACAAGCCGACGAGAGUGUGCUCGUUCCAGCUGCGGCAGUGGCAAACGUAGCACCGGUGCCACAGGCGGAGCCUAUAUCGACUCCUGUCAAUGCAGUUACAUCAGUGGUAGGCCGGCCUUCUCACUGCCAAAGGCAACGCUUAAAGGAGAGACUGCAGCAGCAGCAGCAGGACCAGCUACUGCUUCUGUCUAGUCCUUCAGCGAAGGAAGAGAGGCUGUUCCAUUUACAGCAGCAGCAGCAGCAGCAGGCACAUGGAUCUGAGAAUGACCUACUUCGCUUAGCUCAGGAAGUGUGGAUGGAUGCGCGUCCAAUGCAGCAGCAGCACCAGCAACUGCAUCAACUGCAGCAGCUACAACAGCUGCAAGAAAUGCAACAGAUACAGCAACAGGAGCUGCAGCACCGGCAGCACCGCUCAGUUCCCGUAGAGCUGGCUCCGCUCGCUGUCGGGGUAGGAUCCAUUGCACCUUUUCCAACAACAGCGGGCUGGCAGCAAGUCCAGCAUCACCAGCGGCCAGCCUUUACAGAAGCUACACCGCCUGGCCUCGGGCUAGUAACUGGAGAUAUACAGCAGCAGCAACAGCCCCCUCAGCUACGUGUGUAUGGCGAAGCUGAUUGUCCCCUUCCCGUAGUGGCGUCCUCUCCGCUUCUACCAGAUGUUAAGGGAUGCUCGCCACUAUCACAACAGGAACAACUUCAGAAGCUCUGGACACCAAGCAGCUUCACAGAAACUGUGGUACAGCGCCAGGCAGACACAAACUUGCUCUGGGGACAUGAGCUCACGCCGAAUGUGUCUCAACAACAACGACAGCAAAAUCAGCAGAAUGCUGUCACGCUUCACCAGCAGUUCCAGCGUCAGCAGGGCGAGCUGCAACAGGACAUAUAUCAGCAGAGUGCACAGAGGAUUGCAGGACAACAGCAACAGCAAGGGACAAGACUGCGCUUAGCAGCAUCAAACAGUAUGGGCCUGGGAUUUCAACCGUUGCUUAAUUGGGAGGAGCAGCAACAGCAGCAGAGUAUCCUCAUGCCCGGAGCUGACCAACAGCAAACCGUGCCGCAACGACAGCAGCAGCAACAGCAACAACAACAGGAACAACAGCAAAAGCAGCCGGCGCUGUUCCUUCCAGCAGUGUCACCAGAUGACUUUUUAACAGCUGGAGAGCAGCAACAGCAAGGCAUCAUGCAGCUGCAGCGGAUGCAGUGGCUUGCUAUACCGAACUGA